AAUCGAAUGAAAAGCUCCUCCUGCAAAGCUAUAUUACUACUGCAACAUACAUUUCUGUCUCAUGAUAGUCAUGCUCCUUAUUAGUAACUGAAUAACUUAAUGCUUACUGAGUUCUGCUUCAAUAUGCUCGGAAGGCACGACGGCAAAGGGCUAAUAAGCAACGCUGUUUUGAACGCUUGGUUGAAACAACUCAGUGAUUACUUUAGAGCCCGGUUCACGAUUUGGUGCCGAAUAAAUAUAUUGAUGGAUUUAUAUAGGUGUAUAGAAGGAUGGUUGUCCUUAAGAGUUGAGACCCAUUUCCCCAAUGUGCAAUCCAUAUUCUGCUUUUCCAACAGCCCACUCUAUUGUGUACUGUUUACCCAACAGCUCAACUCUGUAUUUGUGCCGUUUACCCUGCAUAUUUUAUAG